AUGUCCAAAGACCGUAAGCCAGUUCUCAUAAUUGGCGCUGGAGUUGUUGGCCUUGUCCUCGCCCAUGGCCUCAAGAAGCUUGGCAUUCCCUUUCAGAUUUACGAACGCGACAGCCACAUCAGCUCCCGCGGUCAAGGCUGGGCCAUAACACUCCAUUGGGUCCUCCCAUUCCUGAGAGAACUCUUAUCGGAAGAAGCAUUCAAGGACGUCGAAUCAGUCCAAGUCGACCCAGAGGCCGACCGUCAAGGGCUCGGAAAAUUCGUCUUCAUCAAUCUCGAGACCCUGGAGCCAAAAUUUCUCAUCCCCCCUGGCGAUCGACGACGAGUCAAUAGAGAGAAGCUGCGCAAGGUCUUGCUCGAAAGUGUGUCGGACCACGUCAAUUGGGACAAGCGACUUGCUUCAAUUGAAGAGCCCGACGACGGCGUUGUCGCUGCGUUCGAGGAUGGAUCUCGAGCUGAAGGGUCUCUCAUAGUCGGUGUUGAGGGCAGUAACUCAAGAACAAGGAAAUUCUUAGCACCAGAGUCAUACCGAAAUAUUCGACUGCCGGUACGAUUUACCGGCGCUGCUCUAGAUCUCACACCAGAUCAGGUAAAGCCAUUAAAAGAUAUCGAUCCUCUUCUGUUCCAAGGCUGUCACCCUGAGACAGGGACGUUCUUCUGGUUCAGCAUGCUGGAAACACCAGUCGUUAAUGGCACUGCUGGAACAAAGGAUGAGCAUUAUCGCGUACAAGUCAUGAUCUCGUGGCCUAUGAAAACACCAGAAGACGAGGUCAAAGCCACAGACGCGGAGCGCUUGGCAUAUAUGAAGCAACGAGCCACAGAAUUCAAUCCCGUCCUUCGGGACACUGUACAAAGAAUCCCAGAGGGCUCGGAAGUGAUUGAGAUAGUCCUACAGGACUGGCCAUGUCCACCUUGGGAUAAUCGCAACGGUAGGGUUACUCUAGCUGGCGAUGCGGCGCAUGCGAUGACCAUGUAUCGAGGCGAAGCAGCGAACCAUGGUAUCCUUGAUGCUUAUCGGUUGACAAAAGCUUUGGAGGGGGCCUAUCACAAAGGCAAGGGGUUGAAUGAAGCUAUUGAUGAGUAUGAGGCGGAGUUAAGGGAGAGGACCAAGGUCGCUGUGUUGUUGAGUCGACAGGCUUGCUUGGAUGCUCAUGACUGGGCUGGAUUAAAUGAGAACUCGGCUGUUUUGAAGAAGAGGGCAAUUGCGGGAGUUUAG